UAAUUUGCUUAAUAGCACGACACUCUUUUGAAUAAUACCAGCCAAAUACGAAAUACCAUAUUAUAAUAAUCUACAAUCAACCUAAUCAACAUGCGUCAAUCCGUUGCUAUCCUUAUCGCAAGCGUCGCGGUCGCACAAAGCGCAACAAUCGACUACUUCUUCCCCGGUGGCUACGAAGGCUAUGAGCCCAUCGCUUCUAUUGUCAAGGUAGACGGACCCACGGUCGUUGCCCAGCUUACCUGCCCUACCACCUUACCCGACUACGACGACACCGAAUGCGGCUGGGGACCCGGCCUCGAGCUCACUGUUAUCUCGUCCGCCACCUUCGUGGGCACCAUGAAGGCGCCGCAGGUUACAAUGACAUACUCUUGCGAGGGCAAGAAGAAUGAGAAGUCCAUGACUUGCGACGCGAGCAUCGGAGGUGCCGGCGCAAACUCUCCCAUGAGCGAAAAUGCGGUCUUGUCUGGAACUGAUGCUCAGACUGCAACAGCUCAGGUCACUGCUGGAUGGGAUAAGCUGAGUGCUACCACCGGUGCUGCAUCGUCUAGCGUUAAAACAAGCGCCAGCCCUGCUCCUACCACUGGCCCUGCUGCUACCGCCAGCCAGGCCUCCGCUACCGCUGGAUCAAGCACUGUCGCGUCUGCGCAAACUACGGAGACUGGGGCCGCCUACCAAUUAGGUGUUAAGGGAUCUGCGCUCUUUGCCCUUGCUGGAGCUGCUGCUCUCAACGCGUGGUAGAAGUCUGGGGAGAUGGAAAGUCAAAAACGGGAGGAUUCUUCGAUUUACAUAAUGGCAUUUGCCUUGAUUGCGAGAUCACAUUCACUUCGCUGAACAUAGAUUAGAUCGAAGCAUAUACGAGAGGCAAAUAGACCGAUUACUUUUCGACAGAAGAUCAUCAGAUACGUCAGAAUCCUGACCCCGUAACCCCAGUACGGCUCCACAAUGUCCCCA